CGCAGUACCGCCCCUCGCCUGAGCGCCUUAUGCUCUGCGAUGGCAGCUGCUCAGUCCUUCAUUUGCAAGAAGGCGUCAGCGCCACUGUCAACCAGGACCUCGGAGGGGGCCGGAGUCACCACGAGGACUGCCGCUGCGCUGCAUUUCGGUGACUGCAUUCGACUGUCACACGCGGCACCACGUAGCUGCCCCAAUCCAGUCGUCACACGCCUUCGUCCUAGCAGAGCGCAUGCACACGAGUUUGGCUCGCCCUUGCUGAACAGGAACAAUCUGCAAAAUGGUGGCCAAGACGAUUGCGGCUGUGCAGAGCGCCUUGGACGAUGCGAGGCCUCGGCAUAGGCAACGCAGCGGCUUGCGGACGCGCCUGGUCGAACUCGGACUGUGUCCAAUUUGCCUGCUUCCGAUCGGAACUCGAGACCCGCCAGUAGGCUAACAUGCUGUUUCGAGCAGGGAACGCUAAACUGGAGAUUCCGAUCCGCGACCACCAAGGAACGAGUUUGCCUAGACAAAGUCUGACAGCAGAUCGCUUGCAGGAACUUGGUGUUCUACCAAGUUAUUGACUAGGAAUCAGACCUAGGAUGGCCUCGAGCCGGGCAUUGAGGCAGGACGGCAAGAAUAUUGCUUGCAAGCAGAUCUUGAUAAGACUUUUGGAAGCC